AUGUUUGGUCCCGUUGAGCACUGUCCACCACAUCUUAUCUCGAGAUGCAGCACUAGCAGUCAUAGCAACAGUAUGUAUGAUUCCUUGUCAGGUGAUGCUAACUUCGUUCAUGGAAUAGACUUUCAUGACAGCUUUAAGCGGCAGAAUCCUAGCACACUAGCUCUUUGGAGCAGCCUGCAAGACCCAGUAAACUCAGUAUGUUCUGAAAUCAACUACUCAGAUUCCAAUGCUCUUGCAUCCGGCAUUGUUCCAGAAAUUCAUAUCUGGCCCCCGGGAUAUCAAAGUACACAACCUCUUUCUUCUACUAAGUAUAUCGCAACAAAUGCAAACGCCUUUAGUUCGGGCAUUGCAGAUAGUGAAAUAGUUUGCUGUAGACAGCUAACGAAGCUGCUCAGACAGGCUGUAGGCUUCCUUGAACUUAUCGGAGUCCGCAAUACAAUUGACAAUCGGCUUUUGCGUCGAGCCGAGCCACAUUCUUGUGCGCUUCAUCCCAACUUUGGUAAACAGCAGCGAAAACUUUUGAUUCCUUCUUCUCCAGUGCCUGAUAAGGCUGUUCUUACAACAUCAUGUCUCAAUCCGUCUCCUUUUCCCUUUGAUUCGAAUAAGGUCGAAGAGUCCAGUCAAAUUCUAUAUAGGAUGUGGGAAUCAAGAAUGGUUAACUGGAUGCCAGAACAUGGGGACAGAAUCAAUACAACUGGAUUGGGUUGUGUCAGCAAUCCAUUCAUUUGUAAAAUGAUGCCUGUGCAGGCCAUAACGUCGGGCAUUCAUGAAAUGGUGCCUUGA